CAUUGGCUGCAUCCAACCGCGCCUGGGCGGGCUGGAAACCAGCUUGCUGAAGCGCGGGGUUGCAGGAACGCCAAGCCGCUUUUUCCUGGACUUGGCGGCCGGCUGACUUCCUCAGGAAGAUCAAGAUGGAAGGCCUAACUGAUGUUGCCUCUUUUUCAACUAAACUUCAAAACACCCUGAUCCAGUAUCAUAACAUUGAAGAAGAUAAGUGGCGAGUCGCCAAGAAAACGAAAGAUGUAACAGUUUGGAGAAAACCCUCAGAAGAAUUUAAUGGAUAUCUCUACAAAGCCCAAGGUGUUGUGGAUGACAUCGUCAACAAUGUAAUAGAUCACAUACGCCCAGGGCCCUGGCGCUUGGAUUGGGACCGGCUAAUGACUUCACUGGAUAUUUUGGAGCACUUUGAAGAGAAUUGCUGUGUGAUGCGUUACACCACCGCUGGCCAACUUCUGAAUAUUAUUUCCCCAAGAGAGUUUGUUGAUUUCUCCUAUACUGUGGGCUAUGAAGAAGGACUUUUAUCCUGUGGGGUUAGUCUUGACUGGAGUGAAACGAGACCAGAAUUUGUUCGUGGCUAUAAUCAUCCCUGUGGCUGGUUUUGUGUUCCGCUUAAAGACAAUCCAAGCCAGAGUCUUUUGACAGGCUAUAUUCAGACAGACCUGCGUGGCAUGAUCCCUCAGUCUGCGGUAGACACGGCAAUGGCGAGCACGCUAACCAACUUCUAUGGUGAUUUGCGAAAAGCCUUACGGAAGGCUUAAUGUGUUCCACUCCUAGUGCUGAGGUUUGCUGAGCCUGCUCUUCCCCUCGGCUGCAUGACCUGUAAAUGUCAUCAACCCUGUCUGCUGCACAACCCGUAGAAACGCUGGAAGUGUUUUGGGUUCCAUAGUACAAUCUCAUUUUAUAUUACAAGUGAGUAGCUAUGUAAAUAGGGCAUUUACAUUUUUUUAAGCUUUUCUUUGCACUUGUUUGGUUGUGGUAGUGUGUCUGUGAAUGAGAAGGAUGAAACACCAAGAUUUAGACUCAGUGUUGUCAUUCGCAGAAGUAAAACAGCACCUCAGGAGGAAAUUUUGGCUGCUUGGAAAUUACAAAGUGUGCAAGCACAAUGCUCUUCAUGUUAUUUUGGCGCUUUUUGAACAUUCUGUAAAAUUUUAUUGAUUCUUAAUUUAACUGUUCUACUUUAGUCUUAGUAUGUUAUGUGAGUUUGCCAAUAGUUUGGACAAAAGGAAAAAGUCUUCCAUGGUCUGUAAAGACGAAGUUCAUUGUUCAUGGACUUGUACUGUUUUAUGUAUUAGAAAGCACAAACAACAAGGGAGUAGCCAUUCUUAGAACCAUAGGCACAGUUCAGUACAGUGUAAUUUUGAUAUCUCUUGUACAAAGCCUAUAAAACAUACCCGUGUCUUUAUGUGCAUUUAUUCUGGGAGUGACUGGAAACAGCCCCGUCUACACUGGUGGCACCACACUGAGCAAUAGUUGACAUAGGAAACAGCUAGUGGUGCCCCUCAUACCAGAAGAAGGUCAUUGCUAAAAAGUGAAAUUCAAUGACUGUUCUACACAUAUUUCAGUUUUAAAAUAUCACUGAAUUUGCAGCUUUGGUCUGGAGCUAUAACAGAUGUAUCCUUAGAUUCAGCCGGAUGCUUAGAUAUCCUGAACUAUAAAUGGGCCUAUCUUCAGAGAACAUUCUUUCAUGACUGUGACAUUCCAAGUCAUUCUUUGACUUUUGAGUGUCUACUUAGUUUACUUCUAAAAUGGGAAUUUGUGGUAACUCCUUGUCUACGCACAUGUAUCUGUGUUUACGUGAACACUCCCCGUGAAAUGUCAGGUCUUUUUAUGUUACCAUCUCCACUCUCCACUGUUGUGGCCAUGUGCUGCCUUCCCUUUCCUUUUCUCGUGUGCCGGUUGGUGGUGGUUUGCUUUUCAUCUUUUGGCUAGUGUGGAGUAAAGUGGACUCCGGAAGUAACUGCAGGCAGGCAGGCCACAGAAAGGCCCCCAGAGUAUAUGAGGGUCAGAUGCCCGAAGGAAUGGUCCAGGGGUGGCUGGUCUGCUCCACAGCAGUCUUUCUCUGGGUGUGAAGUCAGUUUUCCCAUUCAUCUUGUCAGUCAAAAGGGAAAUUGGUUUUAUUCUUGCAACUGGUGGUGAAGAUACACAUGGAGCAAAAAAAGGGGCAGCAUCAGCAUUUCUGGUGGAUAAUCUCAGAGCUUUUAGACUGAAAUAAUGGUUUCAAGACCUGCCAGAAGAGGUUACACAGGAUCCUCUGUUACGAGUUUAUUAACCACUAAGACCCUUGUCUAAAUUGAUUGUAACUUUCAACUGUUAGAUUUCUUUGGUACUUUUCUCUUCUGCAAUAGGGAAAAAAUUGCAGUUAAGAGUGUCCAGUGAAGACAGUUAAUUGUUAACUGUGUCUUCUGUAACUUCAUUUGUUUUUGUUGAUGUCAAGCACAAGGUCCCAUAUAUACCAUUAUUUUGCCCCUGAUAAAAUAACAACAGCUUGGGAAGACUUUGUAACAAGACGGUAAACAUGACUGUCAGGGUGAUCAUUGCCUGAGCCGGGGCCUCUAAGGAUACCAAUGCUUGUCCAGUGUCACUCAGCUAGUGUUCCUUUUGUUUUCAUCAACUUAGACCUCCAGUGAGUGAUCAAGUAUUCACUUCCAGUAAUAACCCUGAUAGAAAUGUUUCGCUGUCAUUUGAGUUCCACAGUGGAUUCAGAAGUUACAUCUGAAUCCUCUGAACUUUCUGUGUAUAAGGUAGAGUUUACAUAGGAUGCAGCUUACCUGUGGUAAAUAUAUGAUUGCGUUCUUUUGAAGAGUUGUGCAGCCAUCAGCACAGUCCAGUUUUAGAGUAUUUCUGUUGGCCAAAAGAUCCCUUUGUCUGUAUCUACUGUGUAUUCUCAUCUAGCCAGAGUGUAGAGUAUCCCCGUUGCCAGCAUAGGGAAGGAGAUGAGGAAGAUGCCAUUAGAGCUUGUUUGGUUUUGUUACUAAGAGUAGAGAGGUGUGUGUGUGUGUGUGUGUUUAAACUCAGGAACGUUUAUAUGUUUUAAGUGUGUUUAUCUCAAGUAUUAUAAAAAUGCUGUAAGGCGGGGAAGAUACUAGUCUAUAGUUAGGGCUGCUGCUUUAUAGCUGUGUUAUCACAGGAAAACAAUGCAAGCCAUAUAUGUAACUUAAAUAUCCUAGCAGAGGCUGGAGAGGUGUCAGUAGUUAAAGAGCACCCGCUGUUCUUGCAGAAGUCCCUAUUCUGUUCCCAGCACCACCAUGGAGGCUUAUAGCUGUCCAUAACUCCAGUUCUGGAGGAUCUGGUGCCAUGUGGCCUCUGCAGGCACUAGGCAUGCACAGAGUGCAUGUGUGUGUGUGUGUGUGUACAUAUAUUUGUGUAUAUAUAUACAUAUAUAUACAGAAAAAACACUCAUAUACAGAAAAAAUACACAGCUGAAAUUCAUUUUAGCAGUGUGUUCUUUAAUUCACUGUAUUUAAAAUAUUUCAGUAUGCAACUAAUGUUUUUAAAAAGUUAUUGAGAUACCUUAUGGUCUCUAUUAAUUCUUUAAAGCAGGAUGUGUGUUUUACUGCUGUAGACUAGCCGUACUUCAAGCAUUCACUAGCCACAUGAGGCCUGUACCUAUUGUAGUGAACAGUUCUACAGUGUGUGUACCAUUUGUCUUGCUGUAAGAUGAAGUGGACAAUUCUUGAAUUGCUUUCUUAAACAGAAACCCUUUAUAGCCCGGCCCUUUUAGUGCUUGCUAAAUAAGACAUGAUUUCUUCAGAAAUAUACAUAAAUUACUGAUUCCUAGUGAAUUAAAAAUUAUUGCCUCAAAAUUAUUUUUGUUGAAAGUAGCAUUUGCUAGGACAGUGAAGGACAUGAAAGAAUAUAGCCUACCAUAUCACUGUGUCGUUGUUUGCUGUAGCUCAAAGCUUGCUAAGGAAAGACUUGCUACAACGUUAGCUUCAGUAGACACUGCUGUUUUUAAACAAUAGUUUCAUCUAAGUGACAUCUUGGUAGGGAAUACUGGUUUUUGUUGAAAAUUCAUGAUUAUUCCUCAAUGAUUAAAGCAAUACUCAGCAAAAACAACAGACUGGAGUGUUCUCAGUUCUUUGCUAUAAACCCCUGGAGUAUUAGCAUAUAAACAUCAGGAUCUCUUGCCUGCACACAAGGUGUAUUUGAAGAUGGGGUUUCCAGGUGUAAAACUUUAGUCCUAGCUAACAGGACGUUCUCCCUUCGUCUUCCUUUCUUUUCUACUUGAAGAUGGCUUGACUAUUACUUAGUGAAUUAAAGUAACGUCUUGAGGUAAGAAAUGUCGCAGAGGUUCUAGAGAAGAGGAAAUACUGCGAUCUGUCCUCCUCACUGUCUCCUAGGCUGUUAGAGCUGGGAACUCCCUUUGAUGCGGAUGGCAACUUUCUUACCUCUCUGAGAGCAUAGUAGCAUCUUUAGGAUCAGGUGCUAGUUCCCUUUAGUUACAUGGAUGUUGUAGCUUCUGAACCCAGUAAAGAAGGUAACAGAGCCAGAGACGCUAAUGGAAAUCUGGAUUUGAUGAGGGCUCCUUUAAAACUUCUGUGGCCACUUGUGUAGUCUCUUUCCCCUUCCUUCAUUUCUUCUGUGAGGCUAAGUCCUGGUGCAUGCCAGGGCUAAGCUAUACUUGUGACCCCUAAGUGAUCUCACUGGACUUCUAGAAGUAUGGGAUGGUGAGAUCUGAGCAUAGAAGAAACAUGAGCUUCAUUCUAGAGCAUGUGACUGGACUUACAAUUAUUUCAUCAUUGUGUUUCCGGGGAUUUUAUACAUACUGUUAUGUAUUAAAAUUCAUCUCUUACAGUCCAACAAAUGAUGUAUUGAGACCAUUUUUAGGAAGUUUAUCUUUUUGUGAAUCUAUAUAUAUGGGAUUAGAAUAAAUAUGUUAUAAAUAAAAUGUAUUUAUUUUUAAAUUACAGUGGAGUAUAUCUGAAUAAAGAUUUCUAGACACUCUU